CGCCCGACCGAACUCCCCAUGGCCCAGAACCUGAAGGACUUGGCGGGGCGCCUCCCCGCUGGGCCGCGCGGGAUGGGCACCGCCCUCAAGCUGCUGCUGGGAGCCGGCGCCGUCGCCUACGGGGUCCGCGAGUCGGUCUUCACCGUGGAAGGUGGCCAGAGGGCAAUAUUCUUCAACCGCAUUGGUGGGAUCCAGCCAGACACGAUCCUGGCCGAGGGGUUGCACUUCAGAAUCCCCUGGUUUCAGUAUCCAAUAAUUUAUGAUAUCCGAGCUCGACCCCGAAAAAUCUCCUCCCCAACGGGUUCCAAAGAUCUGCAGAUGGUGAACAUCUCUCUGCGUGUCCUUUCACGCCCCAAUGCUGCAGAGCUGCCCAAAAUGUACCAGCGUCUGGGUCUGGACUAUGAGGAGCGGGUCCUUCCUUCCAUCGUCAAUGAGGUGCUCAAAAGUGUUGUGGCCAAGUUCAAUGCUUCACAACUCAUCACUCAACGAGCUCAGGUCUCUCUGCUAAUCCGACGGGAACUGACAGAGCGAGCCAAGGAUUUCAGCCUCAUCUUGGAUGAUGUGGCCAUCACAGAGCUAAGUUUCAGCCGCGAGUACACAGCGGCUGUUGAGGCUAAGCAAGUGGCCCAGCAAGAGGCCCAGCGAGCCCAGUUCCUGGUGGAGAAGGCCAAGCAGGAACAGAAGCAGAAGAUUGUCCAGGCAGAGGGGGAAGCCACGGCUGCCAAGAUGAUUGGUGAAGCUUUGAGCAAGAACCCAGGCUAUAUCAAGCUGCGCAAGAUCCGAGCUGCCCAAAACAUCUCCAAGACAAUUGCAGCGUCGCAGAACCGUGUGUAUCUCACAGCUGAUAACUUACAGUUGAACCUGCAGGAUGAGGGCUUCACCAGAGGAAGUGACAGCCUCCUGACCAAACCAGGGAAGAAAUGAAACUGCUAGAAACAUUCACACCAACUGACAGAGCAAGAUGUGGACCAUACUCUUUCGUGCUGCCCUCCUCUGGCCAGUAGGGGACGCACUUGUUCUGUGAGGAAACAAGAAGAAAAGGUGAAGACUGAAUCAAGGAGACUAACAGAGAAGAAAAAACCCUAGGGAGAAAAAAAAAGGUAAAGUGGUGAGUGGCUGUGGGGGGGGAAGGGGAAUGGAGAAAGAAGGAAGGAUGGGUGUGAGACAUGGCAGCAGGCCCUCUGAGAUACAUACCCUCCCUUUCUCCACUUCCCGGGUGGUCAUCACAAUGAUGCGUGAUUUUUCCUGCCACACCAUCUGCCAGAAGUCGUUGAUGGUGGCAUCCAGGCAGCCCUGGCUUGCGAUGUAUGUCUUGGUGAAUUCAUCUGGGCUGAUCAGCUGGUUCUACAGAGGGGCAAAGGGACAAGGGAAGGGCAGGGGUUACAGGAACCAGGUGUCCAGUGCCCCUUUCCCUGCCCCCCUCCCCAAGACAUGGCAGCAUUUCUGGAGGCUCACCUUGAUGUAGUUGGCAUUGAUAUAAUCCGCUCCGGGGAUAUUUGGGUCCCUGCCUUGUAGGAUGACUCGAGAAUGAUCAACUAGGGAGGCAAGGAAGGGGUUAACACAACAGUGAGGUAUUCAGACAUUGGUCUCACAUGUAGCCCACUCUCUAUACUCCAGAUCAAUCCAAUGGGCCCAUCAAACCCUGUUUCCCCACCAUCCCUCAUACUAGAUCAGACCAAGAAUCCCAUAUAACCUAGUGCCCACACUUGCCUUCUGAGCCGGAUCAACCCAAUGAGCCAGUCUAUCCAGAUGUGCACACACACAUCCCCACAAGGCCAUGCAGAGGAGGCAAUGUCUCUCACUAAAUCCUUUAUGGCCUUAAAUACCCAGUCAGGGGCUCCUUGUAGCUCAUCCCCACAGGAGGGCAAAUAAACCCCAGCCAGGUUGAGGCUUCCUCUGGGGUAACUAAGCAGGGCUCUAUGUGGCAAGCCUUCCCACUCAGGCAAGAACAUGCAGCCCCUUGAUCUUUUCCUGAUGGGAGGGCAGGACUCACAGGGCAAGAUGUUCUUAUAGCGGUUCUUUCCCUUGUUCUCAGGUCUCUGCCCCUCAUGCCGAUCAUACAGGUGCUUGGCCUCCUGUUUCUGCAGGCUCUGAAAGGGGAAGGGUAAUCGUUACGGCAGAGCAACCUGCUGUGAUUGUGGGGGGAGCACUGAGGGGAAUGGGAGCACACAGAGGAAAGAUGGUCCAGUAACUAGGGCAGUAGCCUAGGAGACUUGUGAGACCUGCUCUGGGUUCAGGGUUCACUUCCCUGCUCUGCACAGCCUUCCUGUGGCCUCAGUUCCCCAGCCGCAAAAUGGGGCUAAUACCCUGCCCUUGCUCACAGGGGUAUGGGGAUGAUAAAUUCAUUGAAGAGUGUGAGGCGCUCAGAUUCUGUGGUAAUAGGGGCCAGGUACAGAGAUGACCUUAUAUACAGAGGUUAUGACAGAGAUGAAUCCAUUAAUGGAGAAGGGAAAGAGAAUAAGAUUGAGAGCAGGGCUUCCCAGAAGGACAUGGAGACAGUUACAACACAAUCACUUACAUCAAACUCCUCCCAGAAUCCAGCCUUGGCUGUUUCCUCAGCCAGGCUCUGCUUGUUUAGUUCAUGCACUCUGUUCUCAAUGUCAGCCGCGUUCACUCUGGUGGCAUAAUAGGGCUGGGUAAGGAAGAAGGGAAAGGUUUGGUGAGCAAGAGGGAUACAACAGAGCUGGACACAUGCUGUAGUCAGGGACAGAGGGUGAAGCUCCCAAAACUACUCCUGACACAAGGACCCCAUUUACCUGUUUCAGGUACACGUAGGAUCCGGACACCUCCUCAAUUCCAGUCUUCUUGAAAUGCUCCACUAGGUCUGCCAAGCUGUCAAACAUCUCAGCACCUCCGACUGUGUAUCUCCCAUUCUGGAGAGAGUAAAGCUGUGUUUAUUCACAUCCCC